UGAGCUGUGAAGGAUACAUUUCACCAUUAAGUAGUAGUGUUGUAUAAUGUAUUGCAUUGUAUCAUUUCAUUUCAUUUCUCUCCACAGACAAAGUUAAUUAGCAAGGUUUGUUCAGUAACCAGCACGCAUGCACAAAUAAACGUAGUUUGAGUAUUUGUCUUUCUUUCUUUCUUUCUUUCUUUGGUGUUUCCUCCCUCCUCCUGUCCUCCUGAGAUAGAUCUAUCUAUCUAUCUAUCUAUCUAUCUAUCUAUCUAUCUAUCUAUCAUGAGCUUCUUUCCAACAAUAAGUAGAAGCGGAAAGGAGUCGCUGCCUGUGUCCACCGGUACACGUUCUUCUUCUAAAUCUAAACAAGAUCAUCAUAAUAUUGAUGCAGCAGCAGCAGCAGCAGCAGGAGGCGAAGGCAUUCUUCUUCGCAGACGCCUAUCAUGUUCAUCCUUCAACAACAACACCCCUGCAGCAGCAGAAUCAGAUCAAACAUGGUCAUUUCCCUGCAGCAGCAGAUCCAAGUCAUUUUCAUUCUCAUUCUCUAUCAGAAAUUGGUGGGACUGUACCUGGGCAUGGAUCCUAUCAAGGAAGCCAAUAUUUGCCACAGAUCUAGAAAUGAACGAGCACGAAACCAAAUUAUUGGCUUCCCGCGACAAGGGAAGUUGGAAACAUGUUUUCUACAGGAUGCGCUCUGAGAUCAGAAGAAUCACUAAUUCUGAUUAUUGCACACCUCUUCCUCAAACCUACACUGCUAAACAUUAAUUAAUUAGUCUUAUCAUUAAUUAAGAUCAUCCAAUAUCCCUCCCUCCCUCCCUCUCUCCUUUCUACUAUCAUGCUAUAGCUACCUCUACUCUUCUGCAAUUUCUUCUGUUAUAUUUUUUCAAUUCUUCGUGUGUAUUGUUAUUAUUAUUACCUUCUCCAUCAGAACCACGAUUAAGGUCGUAUGUAAUUACAAACAUUAUUACAUUAUUAUUGCUAUUCUCUCUAUAA